AUGGAACACAAGUCUCGAAAGCUGCUCACAACUUAUUCGCAUCGCCGAACGCGUGUCAAGAACACCACAUCCGAAAUCCCAAAAUCAUCUCCGCUGCAAGCCGUUCCCAGUGACACAGAGGAAAUUACACUCGAGGAGAUGGCCCACAGAAUGAAGAAAAGGUCUCGUCAGACGGCUUUGUCUGACACAACUCUCAGCCGAUCCUUGGCCGUCCGGGAUAGCUCAAAGCCGUGCAAGAAAGCAAAGCUCUCUUCCUUAGUAAAUUCAGAUGAUACGCUUUCCUCAAACGCAGCCGGGUUCUCUUACAUUUCUACUCAGUCUCUUGCCAGUGGUCAAUUCUGCACUCCCAAGCCUGCUGUAUGCUCUGACCAGCCCGUGUUAUCCGCUGCUGACUCUCAGGAGCGAGCCCUAGAACCCGCUGGAUUUUCCCCUCUACCUGUUGCCCACCAUUUUCUCUCCCGUACUAGCUCUCGUAACCUCAAAGAAAAUAGUAAUCGUGGCCUUGCUUCGCCUUUCACCAGUCGUCCCAACUCUCGUGCUGGCUCUCCUAUGGGUCUUGUCAAGAGUAAGACCAAAGGAAAUGGACGGCGUCCUUCUCAUCAGAAGUCUCGUACACUGUCUACAUCUCGGCUCUCCCCUGUCACUCGCCAGGUGCAAGAUAAAGCCACUGAAGCCAAACCCGAUGUCAUUACUGCGUCUACAAAUGUACUCUCUAGCUCAUUCAAAUCGGGGAAACAAUACCCGGUCUCGCAGGCAACUGGUGCGGUCAAGUCGAAUAUGCAUAUCCGCACAGGUUCUAUUCCUACUAUGGCUGCUUCCGCUUCUGACACCUGGCUUGUUUUACCUGAAACCUUUGGUCGCUCAGCACAGCUGGACGGAUAUUCGGAGCAUGCAUCUUUCUUCACUGACGCUCCCACCCAAGUCUCCACCCCGCCCAGAAUGCGUCGUGCAACGACGGGCGCUGUGCGCAUGCAAGCUGGUAGCCUUGAGGCUGAUAUGUCUGACUCGUCAGCCUCGAAGGGCGCCAAGCUCGAUACAGACGCGCAUAUGCAAGAUGCCUCUCCGUCGCGACCAUCAGUAGGCGCAUUCGUUGGACGACCACCUCCACGUCGGCGGCGCCGGACCAUCAAUCAUCCCUCUACCGAUGGCCUUUUCUCAUCUGUCCUUGACUUCUCGACCUCAGCUGAAGACAAGCGUCCCUCUUCAGCUCUAGGCGUUCCGAUAGGACAAUCUGCAAAUCAACAACAUAUGCUGCAUGCUGGCUCUGCGUUAUCGCUGUCUUCCAAUUUCUCUGGACUCGACCUGGGACUUGCUUCUGCUUUUGCGUCGAUUUCGAGCCCGCCGUCGGCUUCCUCUACGCUGUACCAGUCUCCAUCCGCCCCUGCUCCGAAACUCGACCAUGGACUAGGCUACAUACACGUUUCCGAAAGUCGCGCCUCAUCGUCUGAUCCCGACGUGCACAUGCAUGACACAGACGGUGAAGAGUUGAGAGACCUUUUCUCUACUAUGGGGUUGGACGAGGAUGAAGAGCAGAAACGGACGGCAUCGUCCAUACUUGCCAAUGCCUCGGGUGUCACGUCCCACUCUCGCUUACGCUCGGAUUCUUCGAAGACAAUAUCACAGAGUACAAGGAGCAAGGAGCACAUACACAGCCGCAAGCGAGGCGACACCAUCAGAGCAUCCGACUCCUCGCGUCUGCCAAAUCUGCCUGGAGGAAGUACUACUGAUUUGAAUAGUCAAGCAAAUGUUGCCGUCAGCAGUACACGGACGGCGAGAACACGCUCCGGGACGGUCACUCUAGCCAACUUCGCUGCCUCAACCUCCGCAUCCCGCAUGGUCGCAGAGCGUACGCGAGCUGAGAUUGUGCUGGCUUCGCCUCUGCACACCCACAAGCACAAACGCGGAGGAUGGCCGGCGAUCAGGACGACCUUCAAUGACAAGCCGCUCCGUAUUGCUUCAGACGAAGAUUCAGACGACGAGCUGCUUCUGAAGGCAGGAACUAGAUUUGGUUAG